AUGCACACAGACCUCGACACCGACAUGGACACGGACACAGAAACCACAGCACUCUGCCCCGCCGGCAGCCACCGGGCCUCCCCGCCAGGGACGCCCACACCAGAAGCAGAUGCUACACUGCUGAAGAAGCCAGAGAAACUGUUGGCAGGGUUGGACCGGGGCGGGCCACCCCCUGCCCCGGGGGCCCCCAGACGAAGAGGCAGUAUGCCUGUCCCCUACAAGCACCAGCUGCGGCGGGCCCAGGCUGUAGAUGAACUUGACUGGCCACCUCAAACCUCAUCCUCUGGCUCCUCUGACUCCCUGGGUUCAGGAGAGGCAGCCCCCACCCAAAAGGAUGGCAUCUUCAAGGUCAUGCUGGUGGGGGAGAGCGGCGUGGGCAAGAGCACCCUAGCAGGCACUUUCGGUGGUCUCCAGGGAGACAGUGCUCACGAGCCGGAGAACCCAGAGGACACCUAUGAGAGACGCAUCAUGGUGGAUAAGGAGGAAGUGACUCUAGUUGUUUAUGACAUCUGGGAACAGGGGGAUGCAGGGGGGUGGCUGCAGGACCACUGCCUUCAGACGGGGGAUGCCUUUCUCAUCGUCUUCUCAGUCACCGACCGACAAAGCUUCUCCAAAGUUCCAGAGACCCUACUACGGCUCAGGGCUGGGAGGCCCCACCAUGACCUGCCUGUCAUCCUCGUUGGAAACAAGAGUGACCUGGCCCGCUCCCGGGAGGUCUCACUGGAGGAGGGCCGCCAUCUGGCAGGGACACUGAGCUGCAAGCACAUCGAGACGUCGGCCGCGCUGCACCACAACACGCGGGAGCUCUUCGAGGGAGCGGUGCGCCAGAUCCGGCUGCGGCGGGGCCCGAACCGCGCUGGGGGCCCGCAGCCCGAGUGGGGCAGGCCCGAGGGCCCCGCGCCGCCCACGCGCCGCGAGAGCCUCACCAAGAAGGCCAAGCGCUUCCUUGCCAACCUGGUGCCGCGCAACACCAAGUUCUUCAAGCAGCGCUCCAAGUCGUGUCACGACCUCUCCGUGCUCUGAGCCGCGGUCGCUAUGGUCACCGUGGUCGCCAUGGUCACCGCGGUCGCCAUGGUCACCGCGCCCUCCGCUCGCCCCCUCGCCCCGCCCCGCCCCCCUCCGGCUUCCUCUGUGAAGACAGUCUAGGAAACCAGAAACUCCCGGGACGCCCCGGUGUGACUUUGGGAGCCGGGCCCCCCGCCCCCAGACCCCGGCGGGCGUCGCCCCACCCGCUCCG